AUGGUCCUCGGAAUUGUGAUGAUGGCAGCAAUGCUGCCAACAAUGAUUGGUUUGAAUGAGGCAACCCAGGGGAGCCGGGAACAGGAGGAGGCCCGGCGCAACGAGUCACGAAAGCAACGUGGCCAUUUAGUGGCCACGGUUGCUCUUACACAAGGGACACCGAAAAUGCGUCAACAGGUUGACAAUGCCCAGGUCCACGUGGGUCUAGACGGGAGGCUCUACAUCACCAAGCAUCCCAGUGCUUCCAUGGUCCCCUUUAACGGCAGCUACUUUACGCAUCCCGACUUUCCCCCGAACAACACUUCUGGCUUAGUGACCGUCAGUGGCGAGAAAACGCCCACUCUGCGGUGGGUAUUUCGAGAUGAUAAGACGCACGAGAUGCGUUGGGGCGGUCGCCCUGACUCGGAAGGCCACGUAUGUGGGCCGUUUGACUGGACUAAGGAUGAGCAAUUUUUGACUAUGGAGGGCUGGGAGGGUUGGUUAGCAGUCCGACUUCCGAAAGAUGAGGCGCAAAUUUUCGUUAAUGGCGCAUCGGCUAAUGGCGCAUCGGCUAAUGGCGCAUCGGCUAAUAUCAAUGACCGUGAAACAUGGAGGCUAUAUUUUGACGGCAGAGAUGAUGGAGCUGGUCUACCCCAGGGGUCUAAAGGGCUGGAGAUACGGUUGAAGAGAACUACAGCCACUUCUUGA